AUGGGCAUGAUGCUAAUGAUCACACUUACAAUACUUUUCAAUACAGAAUUCGUAGUUGGAAGUUUGGGGAAUGGAUUCAUAGCUGUGGCAAACACCGUGGACUGGGUCAAGAGAAGAAACAUCUCUUCAGUGGAUCAGAUUCUCACUGCCUUGGCUGUCUCCAGAAUCUCAGUGCUUUCGGUAAUAUUCGUAGACUGGUGGAUUUCUGCAGUUUACCCAGAUUUUUUGACUACAGGAUGUAUGGUAAGAGCUAUUUAUAUCACAUGGACGGUAACCAAUCAUUUCAGCAUCUGGUUUGCUACCAGCCUCAGCAUCUUUUAUUUUCUCAAGAUAGCUGUUUUCUCUAACUCUGUGUUCCUCUACCUAAAGUGGAGAUUUAAAAAGGUGCUUUCAGUGGCAAUGCUAUUGUCUCUUUUCCUCUUGUUUUUAAAUAUCCUAAUGAUAAACGGCAAUAUUGAUACCAUGGUUAAUGAAUCUAGAAGAAAUGCAUCUUACACUUCCAUUGUAAGAACUUUCCCACAGUUCUUUAGGUUACUCAUAUUCCCCAGCUUUAUAUUUACAGUCAUCCCCUUCACUAUGUCCUUGACGGCUUUUCUCUUGCUCAUCUUCUCCCUGUGGAGACAUCUGAAGAGCAUGCAGCACACUGCCAAAGGCUGCAGAGACAUCAGUACCACAGCCCACAUAAAGGCACUACAAAUGGUGAUCGUCUUUCUCGUACUUUACAUAUGUUUCUUUUUGUCUAUAAUUGCGAUAUUUUGUACAUCUCAACUAGAGAAUAUUCAAAUCCUCCUGUUUACAAAGGCUACCCUAAUAACUUUUCCUGCUGUUCACUCAUGUGUACAGAUUCUGGGAAAUAGUAAACUGAGACAAGCCUUGCAUUCUCUACUGCAGUGGAUGAGGUUCAGGUCAGAUUAA